AUAUAUAUACACGGUAUAUAUUGCUGUUUGCCUAACCUUCUACCAGUGGACGCCCCCCGAGCCUGGUCCCAGCCCCCGGGCUGAGUGCUCCACCAACACCGCCCCUCCUCCUUCACCUACUGGCUGAGUCCAGUCGUCUCCUCCCGCCAGUUACCUUGGCUGAGACCGGGCCGGCCGGAGCUGAUAGGAGCUAACAAACCAGCCACCGCUCACCGCGACACUGUGGCGGUCUGUGGUCGAAGACGACACCGGAGGGGAGGACGAGACAUGGGAGUCCGGAUGCCGGAUCAAGACUGAGCGUGGCCGGCAUAUCGUGGCUCCUCUGUCCGGGUUGACAGAGCUCUUCUCCCCCAGACUGAGAGUUUGUCACCCGGAACACAAUGGGCUGCUGCAGCGGGCGGUGCACGCUUAUUUUUAUUUGCACCUUACAGCUGGUGUUGGCACUAGAACGACAGGUCUUUGACUUCCUGGGGUACCAAUGGGCCCCCAUCCUAGCCAACUUCUUCCACAUCAUCAUUGUCAUCCUGGGCCUCUUUGGCACCAUUCAGUACCGACCGCGCUACAUUGUGGUGUAUACAGUUUGGGCAGCUCUGUGGGUGGCCUGGAAUGUCUUCAUCAUCUGCUUUUACCUGGAUGUUGGCGGCCUAUCCAAGGACAGUGACCUUCUGACAUUCAAUAUCUCGGCCCAUCAUUCAUGGUGGAGCGAACACGGGCCCGGCUGUGUGAGGAGAGAGAUGCCAGAAACUGAAGGGGUCCACAGCACCGAGAGCCAUUCCUACAUCACUGUCAUGGGCUGCCUUAUGGACUACCAGUACAUUGAGGUCAUGCACAGUGGAAUGCAGAUCCUGGCUGCGCUCCUGGGCUUUGUGUAUGCCUGCUACGUGGUCAGCGCCAUCACUGAGGAGGAGGACAGCUUUGAUUUUAUUGGUGGAUUUGACCCAUUCCCACUCUACCAUGUCAAUGAGAAACCAUCACAUCUUCUCCUAAAGCCAGUGUCCCUGUCUACGUAAAUAGAUCAUCCAGGAAGGAAGUGAUGCUCUCAACGGCUCUUUUGACCUGUUAGUUCCAUUGGACUGGGACACACCCUUUCCAGUACUUUACCUGCCACUCAUUGGUGGGCUGCAUGGGAAUCACACCUCAGCCUUCCUCCAGUCUUCCUCUUCAUUAUGCCUAUAUACUGUAUGUUUUGCUCAGUAUUUGUAUUGCAUUCUGUGCAGCGCUGCUAUGGUCUUCCCAACGUUCCCGGUCUGGGUCUUGGUGCUACAGUGGUUUUGCAUGUCAUUGCUGAUUUGGGCUGGAUUACAGCGAAGUCAGCGGAAUGAAGAAACCAUUGUGCGCCGCCUGUUUACGUGAGGCAGGGGUCUGGGUGCGUACGUACGCAGCAGAGCAGGAAAAAGGAAGCCAGUCUGCGAGGACGUGAAUCCGAAAUAGCCGAUGUAAAUAAUGCAGCGAGGAAAGGAAAUGAGAACGCUCAAGUUAUGGCAUGCAGGUUUUCAUAGUUUUAUUUCUAUCGUCUUAAGUUUGUGAUGAUUUUCACAAAUUCUCACAAGUCAUCGUCACUGAAGUGUCGGGUUUCCGUGUUUGGCAUAGUGCUGGAAGCUGUGCAUGGAAUUAUUAUACAAGCUCCUCAUAUUAAUAUUCAAUUAGCAAUUAGCUACACCUUAGUACUGUCCAAUACCAGGUCAACACUUGGCGUCCGGGGUCUUAAGCCUGUUUUGUCAGCAAUGUGCUGCUCCAAGACUGACAGGGAAAUAAAAUGUUAGUCGUUGUUGUGGUGGGGGGCCAGGAUCCCUUGAUGGCCCCCUUCCUUGUAGCUGUAAUGCCUACUGAAUGGUUAAAUAUCAUACU